AUGGGUAUAAGCCUAAUCGUGUAUCUCCGAAAAAGGAAAAGGAGGAAUUCACAGCUGAACAGAGAAGGAAUUCUGAUGCACAAGUCUGAACAAGGUUACACUGACAAAACCCAACAAGAAGAUCUAGAGUUACCAUUGUUUGACUUAACCAUAAUAGCUGAUUCCACAAAUAAUUUUUCAAUCAACAAUAAGAUUGGAGAGGGUGGAUUCGGACCUGGUACACUAGAAGGAGGACAAGAAAUAGCUGUGAAACGGCUCUCAAAAAAUUCUAGCCAAGGACUUGAUGAGUUCAAGAAUGAAGUUAUCUGUAUUGCCAAACUUCAGCACCGAAAUCUUGUGAAGCUUCUAGGAUGCUGCAUUCAAGGAGAAGAAAUGAUGUUAAUCUACGAAUACAUGCCCAGCAAAAGCCUGGACUAUCAAAGCCAAAGCACAUUACUGGAUUGGUCAAAGCGCUUCCACAUUAUUAAUGGGAUUGCACGGGGACUUCUUUAUCUUCAUCAAGAUUCUAGGCUGAGAAUUAUUCACAGAGAUCUCGAAGCUAGCAAUAUUUUGCUAGAUACUGACAUGAACCCAAAAAUAUCAGAUUUUGGAAUAGCUAGAAGUUUUGGAGGAAAUGAGACAGAAGCAAAUACAAAUAGAGUGAUUGGAACAUAUGGGUGCAUGUCUCCAGAGUAUGCAAUAGAUGGGUUAUUUUCAAUAAAAUCAGAUGUAUUCAGCUUUGGCGUUUUGGUGUUAGACAUUGUGAAUGGGAAGAAAAACAAAGGCAUGGAGACUCUAUAA